CGCGAACCGCCGCGCCGUCGGAGCAGGAGCGCCGAGCGCCCGGGCUCCAAGAGCGCCCGGCUCGCUUCAAGGCCGCGGUCACCCGGCUUCGGCGCGCAAAGCUCCACCGCGCGUCCCGGCUGUCGCCCAGCCUCCCACGCCGCGCACCGAGCCCCAGGAAGGUGCCAUGAGGAGCGCGCCGAGCCGGUGCGCCGGGGCCCGUGCCCUGGUCCUGGCCGGCCUCUGGCUGGCUGCAGCCGGGCGCCCCCUAGCUUUCUCGGACGCGGGGCCGCACGUGCACUACGGCUGGGGCGAGCCCAUCCGCCUGCGGCACCUGUACACCGGCGGACCCCACGGCCUCUCCAGCUGCUUCCUGCGCAUUCGCGCCGACGGCGCCGUGGACUGCGCGCGGGGCCAGAGCGCGCACAGUUUAGUGGAGAUCAGGGCAGUCGCUCUGCGGACCGUGGCCAUCAAGGGUGUGCGCAGCGUCCGGUAUCUCUGCAUGGGCGCCGACGGCAGGAUGCAAGGGCUGCCUCAGUACUCGGCCGAGGACUGCGCCUUUGAAGAGGAGAUCCGUCCUGACGGCUACAAUGUGUACCAGUCCAAGAAGCACCAUCUCCCCGUCUCUCUGAGCAGCGCCAAGCAGAGGCAGCUGUACAAGGCCAGGGGCUUUCUGCCCCUGUCCCACUUCCUGCCCAUGCUUCCCGGGAGCCCAGAGGAGCCUGGGGACGUGCAGGACCCCUUAGAGCCUGACAUGUUCUCUUCGCCCUUGGAAACAGACAGCAUGGACCCUUUUGGGAUUGCCACCAACCUGGGACUGGUGAAGAGUCCCAGUUUUCAGAAAUAACUGAGGCUCCGGUGUCCCCGCUGCCCCUGGAGGCCAGGCCUCCCGGCCUGUGGUGCUGGCAGAAUGAGCUCUGACUGGGCUUCUCCAAGUACAAUCCUGGGUUCGUGUUCUCUUUAGCUUUAGGAAGAA